CAUGCUUGUGGGUGCAACUUUGCAUCAAAUAAAAGAAUGCAUGAUGAGUGAGACAAACGAAGAAGAUAAUAUUUACACAAAUAAAUAGACAAUAAGUCUAUUGAUAAAUUGAACUGCCGUGGGAAGUUUACUUAUCACAAUUAAUUUUAAGCAUGCACUUUUGAAACUUUCAACAUGACAGCUGAGAUUUCAGGACUUCAUAUCAUGAUGGAGAUGGAAGAAGAAAAAUGCACAGAAAAUGCAGUGAAAAAUGAAAGUGUGAAGCAGCCAGGGUCUGUCAAACCACCACCAAACAUCAUAGAGGAAGAUAGUAAACACAUGGAGAGAGAGGCACUAAACAGGAGGAAUGAUUGGGAGCCCAGCGCUUUCUAUUCCCUUGGGAAAGAAACCUUUUUCUUCACUGGGCAGGAGAUCAGCAUCCGGGAAUCCCUCGACUCUUAUGGUGCCGUCAUCUGGCCGGGCGCUGUGGCUCUUUGCCAGUAUUUGGAGAAGAACCGGGAACAGAUUGAUCUGAUGGAUAAAGCAGUACUUGAACUUGGAGCAGGAACAGGCUUGGUGUCUAUUGUGACAAGUUUACUGGGUGCCUGGGUCACAGCUACUGAUCUCCCUGACGUCCUGAACAACCUGAACUUCAACCUUUCUCGAAACACCCGGGGCCGUUGCAGGUACACACCUCAGGUGGCUGCUCUGACCUGGGGUCAGGAUGUGUUGCGUCACUUUCCAAGCACUGUGUACCGUUACGACUACGUGCUGUGUGCAGACGUGGUCUAUCACCAUGACUUUCUGGAAGAUCUACUUAUCACUAUGAAGCACUUCUGCAAGCCAGGCACCACCCUAUUGUGGGCGAAUAAGGUAAGAUUCCAGUCAGACCUGUGCUUCACUGAAAACUUCAAAAAUGCUUUUAACACCACAUUGCUGUUAGAGAUCCCACAUGAGGAGGUAAGGAUCUACCAGGCUACAGCAAAGAAGUGAACAAAACAAGAAAGAAGAGACAAAACUGUGUACUGUUGGGCCCAUAUACAGUGGCUUGCAAAAGUGUUCAACCCUCUUCAUUUUAUUCACAUUUUGUUAUACUGCUGCCUUAUCUUAAACUACUAUAAAUGAUUAUUUUUUACAUUAAUCUACACUCCAUGCACCAUGCAGCUUUGCAAAUUUAUUAAAAAUACAAAACAAAAAUAAGUACAUUGCAUAAGUAUUCACACCCUUAACUCAGAAAAUGGUUAAAGCGCCUUUACAGACUCAAAUCUUUUUGGGUAUGAUGUGAAAAGCUUUACACAUCUGCAUUUGGCAAUUUUCUGUCAUUCUUCUCCUCAGAUCCUCUCAAACUCUGUCAGGUUGGAUGGAGAUCAUCAGUAGACAGACAUUUUCAGGUUUCUACAGAGAUGUUCAGUUGGGUUCAAGCACUAGCUGGGCCACUCAAGGACAUAGACAGAGUUGUCCAUAAGCCACUCUUGCAUUGUUUUAGUUGUGUGCUUAGGAUCAUUGUCAUGUUGGAGAAUGAACCUUCUGCCCUGUCCGAGGUUCUGAAUGUUCUGGGCUAGGUUUUCAUGAUCAUUAUCUCCGUAUUUUGUGUACAGUCCCUGAAGCUGAAAAACACCCCCACAUCAUGAUGCUGUUUCCACUACACUUUACUGUUGAGACGGUAUUGUACAGGUGUUGAGCAGUGCUUGUUUUUCUCCAGACAUGAUGCAUGAAUCUGAGAUUCAUCAGACCAGAAUAUCUUGUUUCUGACAGUUUGAAAGAUUCGUUGAAGUACGUUUUUGCAUAUUUCAAGUUUCCAUGUGUCUUCACUGAGCAAAGGUUUGAGUCUGGCCACUAAGCCAUAAAGCCCAGAUUGGUGGAGUGUUGCAGUGAUGUUUGUCCUUCUGUAAGUUUCUCCCAUCUCCAUAUAUGAUCAUGGAGCUCAACCAGAGUAAUCAUCAGCUUCUUGGUCACCGCUCUAACCAAGACCCUUCCUCAUCGAUGGCUCAGUUUGGACAGGAGGUCAGCUCAAGUAAGAGAUCUGGUGGUUCCAAACCUCUUUCAUUGAGGAUAAAUGGAGGCUACAUGCUUCUGUGAACCUUCAAUACAGCAGAUUUUUUUCAGAAGUCUUCCCCAGAUCUGUGCCUUGAUACAAUCCUGUCUCAAAGCUCUACUGGCAGUUCUUUUGACCUCAUGUCUUGGUUUUUACUUUGAUAUGCAUUUUCAGCUGUUGCACCCUUUAUAGAGAGGUAUGUGCCGCUCCAAAUCAUACUUAUUCAAUUGAAUUUGGCACAGGUUAACUCCACUCGAAGUGUAGAAACAUCAACAAGCAAAACUAAUGCUUCUGAGCUAAAUUUCAAGUGUCCCAGAAAAGGGUGUGAAUACUUAUGCAA